GUUUCAACUUCUCAUCGCCCUCUUUUCCUAAGUGCCAAGUUCUUCCUGCCUUGUGUUCCCAUAUGCACCACGUGGUACGAGGUCAACCUCACCAACUGCAGUGGCUUUCACUCCCGCGAUUCACCUAGUAAUCGCAGAACUACCUCUCUCUUCGUCUGAAUUGCGAAUCAAGUGGCUUCCAUGGUAAACCGUUGUCAAGAUGUAUUCCAAGAUUCAGUUUUCCCUGAACGACCAGAAUGCUGGUCUAUUUGCGGAGAUCUGCUCUAAAAACGACAUGACGCACUGUUGGCUCCAGUGGAAGUUUGAGACGGCCGUUCUUUCUGAAGUCACAUCGCCCUUCACGGUAGACACCAAGAGUGACGCACUCUUGCAUCUCAAGAUUGGUGUGACCAAGGUUGUCUUUACCGUCGAUUUCGACAACAACAAUCCAAACAUCAUCAACUACAUCAAGUUCAGCGAAUCCUACGGUAACGAUCACCAGAAGACCCGAAAGCAUUUCGUUGUGACUCAGACAUCAGUUGAACACGUUCAUGAGGACAACACGUGUCCUCUAUGGCUCGAAAUACCGCACAGUGCACUCCUCGAGGAUAUAAGCGCUGUGGUGAACCUGUGGAAGGUUCAGAUUUGCUGUGAUGAAUGGAAAAACUUUUUACCUGCCAACCCAGCAACCCAGCUGGAGAAGUCGCAUCGGCUCGUCUCGGAGGGAAACGCCGCGUGGCUGAAGAAGCAGCUGAUACAGAGAGAGGGACUGCUUGCUCGAAAGGAUUUGGAGCUUGCAGCGAUGAACAAGGAGAUCGAGAGCUUGUCAGCGCAAGUCUGCGAGCUCAACAUGCAGCUGGCAGAGGCUGGGCAGCAGUUGGAAGAGACCCGGUCGCUCGCAACGCCCAAGAAGCGCAAGAUUGUCACACCCUCGAGCGUUGCUCGCAAGGCGUCUACUAAGGCGCCCACCAAGGCGACCAAAACUGCACCUGCGAGGUUGUCUGCCACACUUGCAGACCUUGGCGCAAAGGUUGAGCAUGAGACUCCUACAAGGGAGCCCCGGUUUGUUGUAAAGGGCGUGUCACCAGAUGAUCCUUUUGUUGUUGACUGAGUCGACGACAGUCAUGGCACCUUGUGUUGCUCGCACAGGUUUGACUCCUUCCUUGCGCUUAGUUGAGUCUUGUUGAAAGGAGUGGGUUGUUCGAAUACCAACAUGAUAUUUCCCGACUAUCAGGAAUACAUAUUGAUAUCUUUGAUAC